AUGGCCAAUAGUAAGGGGCUGGCGGCGGCCGCCGCCGUGACCGCUGUAGGGAAGAAUAAUUCGAGGAAGCGGACUGCUCUGCAGACGCUGACCAAUAUUAAUAGACAGCCACGGCAGCUCGAUGCCAAGAACGUGCUGGUGGAGAAGGUUUCUAUCUACAAUGACAGUAAAGAAAAGCCCGGCAGGCAGACUAGUGCCGGAAACGCUAUCUCGCGGAAUGCCAGUAUGGCCAGAAAUGGCAGGGUGUCGCUACAACAGCAACAGCAGCAACAUCAGCAGCAGCAGCAUCAGAAGGAACUCGUUGAUCAUGACGGGUACCCUAAUAGUGACGAUACGGUCGAGGAAGAAGACGAGGAGGACGAAGAAGAGGACGAUGAUUACGAGGUCCAUAAUCAGUACUACCGUCGAACUGACGCCAUGGAGGACAUUGAUACAGUCGAAGAGCUCGAUAUAGCCGACCAUGUUCACAGAGGAACCAAAAGACCAGAUACACGUAUGGCUUCUGGUCGUGGAAGUGUCGAAUAUGAACAGGAUUACGAUACCGUUGAAGACCAUCAGUCAGCAGUAGCAGCUGUAACUGGUGGUGGUGGUGGUGCAGGUAACAGAACCAGGGUUCAUGGAAUGCACAAACCGAGUUUCGACGAGUUCGACGAUAUUGAGGUCGAAGUGGAUGACGACGAGGACGAUGAUGAGGAUACAAGUAAUAAUAACGUGCUGCUGCACGACCUGACCGAGCCAACAGCUCUGGCAGUUAUGAAUAUCGUCAACGACUCGGUUCUCAACCCAAAUGCAUUAUUCCCGGUUUGGGAGCAGGCCGAUAAGGAAGAACUUCGUCAGGCAUACUAUGAAAUCCGCAGUCGACCGGGCAUCCUCGACGAAGACGACGAAGAUACUUACGAUAUUUCCAUGGUCGCCGAGUACGGUGACGAUAUAUUCGCAUAUAUGCGACAGCUCGAGGUUAAAAUGAGACCUAGUCCUGGGUAUAUGGACCUUCAGACGGAAAUUCAGUGGUCAAUGAGAUCAGUGUUAGUAGACUGGUUGGUGCAAGUACACCAUCGAUUUAAUCUGUUGCCAGAAACGUUGUUCCUGACAAUUAAUUAUAUGGACCGAUUUCUGUCGAUUAAAGUGGUAUCACUCAGCAAGUUCCAGUUAGUAGGAAUUGUAGCUCUGUUUCUAGCUGCCAAGUACGAGGAGAUCAACUGUCCCUCGGUACAGGAGAUAGUAUACAUGGUUGAAAACGGGUUCAGUGCCGAUGAGAUUUUAAAAGCAGAGCGAUAUAUGAUUGAUCUGCUGGAUUUUAAUCUUGGCUGGCCCGGACCCAUGUCGUUUCUACGUCGUACCUCGAAAGCUGAUGACUAUGAUCUCGAGACCCGAACUCUAGCCAAAUAUUUAUUAGAAAUCUCGGUGAUGGACGAGCGAUUUGUAGGAGCACUUCCCUCGUGGAUCGCUGCUACAGCUCAUUAUCUGGCCCGACUCAUGCUCAACAGAGGCGAAUGGACCAGUGCACACGUCUACUUUUCCGGCUACACGGCCGUCCAGCUCAAUCCUGCUGUCGAAGUGUUACUAGAAUGCUGUGAACACCCUCUAGAACACCACAAAGCCAUCUACGAAAAGUACUCGGACCGCAAAUUCAAACGGGCCUCGCUUUUCGUGGCUGAUUACAUGCGACGACGACGGGCCGCUGCCAAUUCUCACACCGACUCUGUCUCCACCACGUCAUCCUCCUCCUCAGUCUCGACCGCCACAACUGCCACCAGUGCCACUACCGCCACAAACGCCACUACUAAUUAA